AUGACACAUCAACUAAACGAUAUCCCUUCUUAUUUUGAACAUGUUGAUGCAUUGAUCCCGGAUUCACCCACACCAAAGUCCAAAUGUAGUAUUAACAAAGGAACACGUAUUUCGAAGCCGCCUCGCACACCUCUGAUUAAAAAACCUCUGAUGAUCUACAUUGAUGAGAUGCCGCUAUUUAUGCACAAAUAUAUUGAUGGUAUGGUUGAUGUAGGCACAAACGGUGAUUGUGGGAAUCGAGUUAUUGCCGGUUUGCUCGGAAGAGGAGAAGAAAAUCACACUCUUAUUCGACGGACACUUAUUUCAGAGUCGAAUUCGCAUAGGAACAUCUACGGCCGACUUUAUGAGAAACAAGAAAACUUUGAUAAAGUUCAUGAUUCCCUUGUUCCAUCACUAACCGCUCACGCGCCAGUUUCAAAGUGGAUGUCAUUCCCCGAGAUGGACCAUCUUAUAGCAGGGUGCGUACGACCGGGUGUGUGUCGAUUUGAUGAGAUUUAG